AUGAGAUCUGGAACGGCGAGGAGUAUUUCGACCUUAUUCUGGGGUCUGGUGCUCUGGCUCUCUGCGAGCUGCCCGUGGUCCGCCAGCGGAGAGAUCUGUGGUCCUCACAUCGAUAUCCGCAAUGACAUCAGUGAAUUCAAGAAGCUGGAGAACUGCACGGUGGUAGAGGGCUACCUGCAGAUUCUCCUGAUAGGAGACAAGAACCACAACCCAUACCAGGAGUUCCGCUCCCUCAGCUUUCCCAAGCUCAGGAUGGUGACCGACUACUUGCUGCUGUUCCGAGUGGCAGGCCUGGACAGUCUCAGCAUGCUCUUCCCCAACCUCACAGUCAUCCGAGGACGCAACCUGUUCUACAACUAUGCCCUCGUGAUCUUUGAGAUGACCAGCUUGAAGGACAUUGGCCUGUACAGCUUGAAGAACAUCACGCGAGGGGCCAUCAGGAUUGAGAAGAACCCGGAGCUGUGCUAUGUCGACUCAGUGGACUGGUCGCUCAUUAUGGAUGCAGAAUUUAAUAACUACGUCGCUGGGAACAAGCCAUCCAAAGAGUGUGGGGAUGUGUGCCCGGGCAUUAUAGAGGAGAACCCAGAGUGCCCCAGGACCAGCUUUAAUGACAAUUAUAGCUACCGCUGCUGGACCUCCAACCACUGCCAGAAAGAAUGCCCACCCGAAUGUGAGCGGCGGACGUGCACGGAUAACAAGGAGUGCUGCCACCUGCAGUGCCUGGGGAGCUGCACUGAACCUGACAACGACAUGGCCUGUGCCGCGUGCCAACACUACUACCACGAGGGUCGCUGCGUGCCCGACUGCCCCCCGGGUACCUACCGCUUUGAGGGUUGGCGCUGCAUCACUAUGGAGACAUGUGCCCGGGUGCAUCUGCCCAGUGAGGUGGACUUUGUCAUCCACAAUGGCGAAUGUAUGCCCGAGUGCCCACCCGGCUUCACCCGCAACGAGAGCCAAAGUAUGUUCUGCAGUGCAUGUGACGGCCUGUGUGAUAAGGUGUGUGAGACUAAAACCAUUGACUCUGUGGACGCCGCUCAGUCUCUGCAAGGCUGCACUGUCAUCAAAGGCAACCUGCACAUCAAUAUUCGCCGGGGCAAUAACAUUGCAUCAGAGCUGGAGAGUUUCAUGGGCCUGAUCCAAACAGUGACGGGUUAUGUGCGGAUCAAACACUCUCACACUCUGGGCUCCCUUUCCUUCCUGAAGAGCCUGCGCUAUAUUAAUGGGGAGGACCUUUUAGACCACAUGUACGCAUUCUCAGCCCUUGACAACCAUCACCUGCAGUACCUGUGGGACUGGAGCCAGCACAACUUGACCAUUCGAACAGGAAAGCUCUUCUUCCGCUCUAACCCCAAACUCUGCUUGUCUGAGAUCCACAAGAUGUGGGAUAAAACAGGCAUCACAGAAAAGAUGGAGGAAGACGACAUCCGCAACAACGGCGAGCGAGCCAGUUGUGAGACUCAUAUCCUGAAGUUCAAGUCCAACCAAACACAGAGCAAUCGAAUAAAGCUCACAUGGGAGCGUUACCGACCGCCGGACUACAGAGACCUCAUCAGCUUUAUAGUCUACUACAAGGAAGCACCAUUCCAGAACAUCACUGAGUUUGAUGGACAGGACGGCUGCGGGUCCAGUAGUUGGACUAUGGUGGACGUGGACCUCCCUCAGGAUAAAUCACUGGAUCCAGGAGUGCUGCUGUACCCACUGAAGCCAUGGACACAAUACGCAGUCUUUGUGAAAGCCAUCACUCUUGUGGUAGAGGAUAAGCAUAUUCUGGGGGCCAAGAGUGAAGUGGUCUACAUCCGCACCAAAGCCUCAGAGCCUUCAAUGCCCCGGGAUGCUCGUGCGUAUGCAAACUCCUCAUCAUCUCUGGUGGUGAAGUGGUCUCCUCCUAUCUCCCCCAAUGGGAACUCUACCUUCUACCUGCUCCGCUGGCAGCAGCAGCCUGAGGACCGCGAGCUCUAUCAGCAUAACUACUGCUCAAAAGAAUUGAAGAUCCCGAUCCGAAUCUCAGCCACAGCCCUGUCAGAUGUGGAGGAGGACACUAAGCCCACAAAAUCAGACGCAGGCAGUGCAGAGAAGGGCCCAUGCUGCCCGUGCCCCAAAACCAAGGAGGAUUUAAAAGCUGAAGCUGAGGAGCGUGCCCUCAGCAAGGUGUUUGAGAACUUCUUGCACAACGCGGUCUUUACACCCAGGCCUCCAGACAGACGUCGUAGGGAUCUCUUUGGGGUGGCUAAUGGCACAUUAGUGCGUGGUUUGGGCCAGAAUGUAACCGUGCAGGACGGCAACAUGACUGACCCGGAGCUUGUGGAGCGUGUGUAUCCAUUCUCAGAGACAACAGUGUACACUGAGUUCAUGGAGAUCGUUAACCUGCGGCCGUUCACCGUCUACCGCAUCGACAUCCAUGCCUGCAACCAUGAGGUUGAGCGCUGCAGCGCUGCUGCUUUUGUCUUUUCCCGGACCAAACCUGCAGAAAAAGCAGACGAUAUUCCCGGCCCUGUGACUCAUGAGAAGGAUGAGAGGGCUGAGGACACGAUUGUGCUGAGGUGGCCUGAACCCCCUCGACCCAGUGGACUCAUUCUCAUGUAUGAAAUCAAGUAUCGUCAGGGAACGGAGCCUGAGAAGCAUGAGUGCGUGUCACGUCAGCAGUACCGGGAGCUCAGAGGAACGAGAUUGACCAACCUGGGUUUUGGCAAUUACUCGGCUCGAGUGAGGGCUACGUCACUGGCAGGCAAUGGCUCCUGGACCGAGCCAGUGUCUUUCUACGUUCCUCCUCCGCACCAAGCCUACGAGAACAUGCUCUAUCUAGCCAUCACUGUCCCCGUUAUAGUGCUUAUCGUGCUCCUCGGCCUCAUCAGCACCAUCGUCAUUGUUAAAAAGAAGAGGCACAGUGAUAGAUUGGGAAAUGGAGUUCUAUAUGCCUCUGUGAACCCUGAGUACUUCAGCGCAGCAGAGAUGUACGUACCAGAUGAGUGGGAAGUGGCACGGGAGAAGAUCACUUUGUGUCGAGAGCUGGGUCAGGGUUCCUUCGGCAUGGUGUAUGAAGGCAUUGCCAAAGGCGUUGUCAAGGAUGAACCUGAGACCAGGGUGGCCAUCAAGACAGUCAAUGAGUCGGCCAGCAUGCGCGAACGCAUAGAGUUCCUCAAUGAAGCCUCCGUCAUGAAAGAGUUCAAUUGUCACCAUGUGGUGCGGCUGCUUGGAGUGGUUUCACAGGGUCAGCCCACUCUGGUGAUCAUGGAGCUGAUGACACGAGGGGACCUGAAGAGUUACCUGCGCUCUCUCCGAUCCAAACAGCAAGGGUCGUGUAGCCAACCUCUACCAUCCCUGAAGAAGAUGAUUCAGAUGGCCGGGGAAAUCUCAGAUGGCAUGGCAUACCUUAAUGCCAACAAAUUCGUCCACCGGGACCUGGCUGCCAGGAACUGCAUGGUGGCCGAGGACUUCACUGUCAAGAUCGGAGACUUUGGCAUGACGCGGGACAUCUAUGAGACGGAUUACUAUCGGAAAGGAGGCAAAGGACUACUUCCAGUCCGCUGGAUGUCCCCCGAGUCUCUGAAAGACGGCGUUUUCACCACCAACUCUGAUGUCUGGUCAUUCGGGGUAGUGUUGUGGGAGAUAGCUACCCUUGCAGAGCAGCCGUACCAGGGCAUGUCCAAUGAGCAGGUAUUGCGCUUCGUCAUGGAGGGAGGACUCCUGGACAAGCCGGACAACUGCCCAGACAUGCUGUUUGAGCUGAUGCGGAUGUGCUGGCAGUACAACCCCAAGAUGCGACCCUCCUUCCUGGAGAUCAUCAGCAGCAUAAAGGAGGAGCUGGAGCCAGCCUUCCGGGAGGUGAGCUUCUUCUACAGUGAGGAGAACAAGCCCCCUGACACUGAGGAGCUGGACAUGGAGGUAGAGAACAUGGAAAACGUUCCGCUGGACCCCGCUUCCACCCUGGCCCCAGCCUCCUCCCAAGCGGCCCAGCCCAUUGCCCCAGGGACUCCGCUAGCCACGGGCCCCACCCCCUCCACCUCCCCCCCUUCCUCCACGACUUCUGCAGGUGUGGCCCUGGACAAGCACUCAGGACAGGCAGCCGCCAACGGGCCCGUGGUGCUACUGGGUCCGGCCUUCGACGACACGCAGCCGUACGCGCACAUGAACGGCGGCCGUAAAAACGAGCGAGCGCUUCCGCUGCCCCAGUCAUCGGCCUGCUGAUUCAUCCCCCCGCACCCCUUUCCCCCCUUCAUACAGGGUAACCCUUCAUCCCCUCACCCCCUUUUUGUCUAUGUGGUCACAUGUACUUCUUUUCUCACCUGAAGAGUCAAACUCAAGCCGAUAACCAGAUAGACGAUAAAUCACUACUCUAAAUCAGUAGAUUGCUUAUUUUUAUGAUUAUUAUUCUGAUUAUUAUCUUCAUUUCACCACAGCAAAGGAUUUGGGAGAAGCCCAAGUGCAUAGGACACUAAAAGGCUGUGUAAUGCUCUGGCAAUAUUAAAGAUCACUCACCCAACCAUCACGCUGGGGAGCCGCAGCUGGCGCCUCAUUUGUAUGUUUUUUUUUUGUUUUUUUAUAUUUUUCCUAAAGGAAGUUGAACAGGUAUAGCACAUUCUCUGCCAGAGAGUCAUAUUAAAGAGAAAUUUGCAUAUCAGCCAGCAAGCCCAACACCUGAGCACUUUUUAUUUUAAAUGACAGGUUUUUUUUGUGUGUGCAUGCAUGAAAGUGUAUGUGUGUUUUUAUAGAAAAUGCACAUAUUAUUCUUCGCCAUGCUGCGCACCUCUUCCUCCGAACUCUUUCUUCAUCAUCACAUUUCUCUUCCACGGAGGAGUGGAGAGGACCUCCACUGCUAGGAUUGCUGUUGAUCCUCUGUGUGUUCGAACCGUUCACCUGAUUGGUCAUGUUGACCAUUGCUCCACCCGUCUUUUUCAGCAAAUUUCAGAUGUGUCAAAAAAAAGAUGAAUGGGCCUUUUUGAAACUGCCAAACAUUUGCCAAAUCAAUGCUUCUCUUUUUUUGUAUUUAUCAUGUUCAUGUUCCCUCUUUUGCUUCCCAACAAUUCUUUCAGUUGGACAAGAAAGGAUUACAAUCAAGGAACUAAGCUCUUACACUGGCUUCACUUUUUUUUUUUUUAAUGUCAUAAUUUGCGAUCACCUUGGUAAAAGAGUUAGUCUAUUCUCCCCUUUGGAAUGGCUCUGAUUUUGACUGUGAAAUGGCCAUGUCCACUCCAGAAUCGGAGAGCUGGACAGCUCUGAUGGUGUUGUUUCAAAUGAAAUGAGAACAGUGUGGCACCAAACGAAGACAAAUAAAAAUGCACCAACUUUUAAGCAAAA